AUGACGGACGAAAUGAUGAGCAUGGUGCGCUCCUCAGUUCUCCGGGAAGUUGGCAAGAUCACGGAAGCUGGGAAGGGCCCUCGAUUUGUAGGUUGCAGUUUCAAACCUGGUUGGCUGCUAAUCACUUGCCAGAAUGAGCCGACCAAAAUAUGGCUGGAGAGCAUAACGCCCUCCCUAAAACCCUGGGCCGACGCAGAACUCUCUGUGUUGGACGAGAGAGCGAUGCCCAAACCAGCCAUUGGAACGGCCUUCAUCCCCAGUUCGGAGACAAGGUCGGUCGAUGAGGCACUCAGAAUGCUGAAGUCCCAAAAUGACUGCCUAAAUUCCGAACUGUGGAAAAUACUCAACCGUAAGGCUGAAGAGAACGGUACAGUCCUGACCGUAUCUCUGGACGAGCCUUCGGUUGACUUCCUCAAAACACAGGACUAUAAAGUCAACCUUGGCUUUAAAAAGGUCCUGUUCCGGGUCAAGGGGAUCUCCACGCCUACACAGCAGCCUUCUUCGGACGGUAAUGGAAGAUCUGCCACAGAAAUACCCACACCAUCCGAAGCGGCGAAGGGCGUAGACACCAACGCCAAAUCCGCCAGAGGCAGCUUUCCCCAGCCAAAGGGGACCUCGCAGACGAGGAUCCCCAGUUUCAAGACGGGACGGAAAGAUCGCGGCAGGAGCGCCACAGCUUCCAAUCGCAACCCACAGGGACGCCCACGUCCCACAGGGAAGGCGAAAGGAAGCUGCUAA